AUGCCUCGUAAACGCUUCGGAAUCCAGGAACCCCAAACAGCUAUGCAACAUGCCCAAUACUAUCUGAAGAAAAUAGGACUAGGGCCAAAUAACUACUACUUCUGGAAACAAAUUGGGAAGGCUUUGAUAUGCACCUAUACAGUGAUGGGUGCAGCGUGGUUAUACAACGAGACGUCGCCAUUGGGUUGGUGGACGCUGAAGCCAAUGCCAAAGGAAGAGAAAGAUAUGGCUCAUUUGUAUGAGCGGCGUGAGUUUCCGUAUCCCGGUGACUCAGAAGCUAUGGAGGAGUUUGUUAAACAAGGUGGAAUGAUUGGAACAACUAUUGGACCUAAAGGAAUGGUGGAGAAUGAUAUGGAUGAAAGUGAUUAUAAGAAGGAGCUUAAGGAUAAGAAGUUUGAGCAGGAGGCUCAGAAGCUUUGGUUGAGGAUGAGGAAUGAAAUUAUUGCUGAGCUUCAGGAGAAGGGUUUUGAAGUAGAAUGA